AUAAAAGUAACUUGCUAGUUGUUUAUGUGGAGAAUUGAAGUGCUGCAAUGGCUGCUAGUCAGGAAGAGGUAAAGCUUUUUGGAGUUGUGGGAAGCCCAUUUGUGUGCAGGGCGCAAAUUGCUCUUCAGUUGAAGGGAGUUGAAUACAAAUUUGUGGAAGAAAAGUUGAACAACAUGAGUGAUCUUCUCCUCAAAUACAACCCAGUUUACAAGAAGGUUCCUGUGUUUGUUCAUAAUGACAAGCCCAUAUCAGAGUCCCUUGUGAUUGUUGAGUACAUCGAUGAGACAUGGAAACACAACUCCAUCUUGCCUACUGAACCUUACCAAAGAGCCUUGGCUCGUUUUUGGUCCAAGUUCAUAGAUGACAAGUGCGUGGCAGCUGCAUGGAAAGCUGCUUUUACCGUAGAUGAGAAAGAGCGCGAGAAAGCUGUUGAAGAAUUAUUUGAGGCUCUAAAGUUUCUUGAGAAUGAGCUCAAGAACAAGUUCUUUGGAGGAAAUGAGUUUGGCCUUGUGGAUAUUGCUGCUGUUUUCAUCCCUAUAGUUCAAGAAGUAGCAGGGUUGCAAUUGUUCACCGCUGAGAAAUUUCCCAAGCUCUACAAAUGGAGCCAAGAUUUUCAUAGCCAUCCAGUUGUCAAAGAAAAUAUGCCUCCUAAAGACCAACUUUUUGCCCAAAGUCUAAACAAAAUUAAUACCUCAAUGGCUACAUAUCAGGAAGAGGUGAAGCUUUUGGGAAUUGUGGGAAGCCCAUUUGUGUGCAGAGUGCAGAUUGCGCUCAAUUUGAAGGGAAUUGAAUACAAAUAUCUGGAAGAAAAGUUUGAUAACAAGAGUGAUGUGCUCCUCAAAUACAACCCAGUUUACAAGAAGGUUCCUGUGCUUGUUCACAAUGAGAAGCCCAUAUCAGAGUCCCUUGUGAUUCUUGAGUACAUUGAUGAGACAUGGAAAGACAACCCCAUCUUGCCUGCUGAACCUUACCAAAGAGCGUUGACUCGUUUCUGGUCUAAGUUCAUAGAUGACAAGUGCUUGGCUGCUGCAUUCAAAGCUGCUUUCACCCUUGAUGAGAAAGAGCGUGAGAAGGGUGUUGAAGAAUCAUCUGAGGCUCUGCAGUUUCUUGAGGAUGAGCUCAAGGACAAGUUCUUUGCUGGUGAGAAAUUUGGCUUGGUGGAUAUUACUGCUGUUUUCAUAGCCUUUUGGAUCCCUGUUGUUCAAGAAGUAUCAGGGCUGCAAUUGUUCACCAAUGAGAAAUUUCCCAAGCUCUACAGAUGGAGCCAAGAAUUUAUCAACGACCCUGUUGUUAAGGAAUCCCUGCCUCCCAGAGAACUACUCUUUGCCUUCUUCAAAGCUCGCUAUGAAAGUCUUGUUGCUUCAAAGUAGAUUACUUUAAGUCGUACUCAUACUUUGAAAGGAGAACUGUAUGAACCACUUGUCCGUUUUUGUGUUAUUGCUGUUUGAAUGUCAUAUCAAAUUCAUAUAUGUAACAUAGGAUU